AUGAUAUUAACUGGUGGUAUUGACAAAACUGUCGUUCUAUUCAAUUCUCAAACGGAGACCGUUGAAAACGUUUUCAAAGGAAAUCAGAAACGUGUUAAUGCAAUUCGUUUACAUCCAAAUUUGGAAACUAUAGUUUCUGGAGGGCAGGAUUCAAAGAUUCGAAUUUGGUUGGCUAAUGAUCCAGAUGCUCGUAACGUAAUUAAUAUUCACGACACAGCAAUUACGGAUGUCUCUCUUCAUCCAACUGGAGAUCACUUUCUUUGUACUUCAGACGACUCGUAUUGGUCAUUAACUGAUUUAAAUACUGGCAGCCCGUUAAUUAAGGUCAAAUCUGGUGAUGAUGACGUUUCUUUACGUUGUGGACAAUUUCACCCUGACGGUUUAAUUUUUGGAACUGGUGCAAAAAGUUCAAUAGUUAAAAUUUGGGAUAUUAAAGAACAAAAUAAUGUUGCACAAUUUCCUGGACAUUCAGAUUCUGUUUGUGCAAUAUCAUUUUCUGAGAAUGGUUAUUAUUUGGCUACUGGUUCUUUGGAUGGAGAAGUUAAAAUUUGGGAUUUGAGAAAAUUGAAGAAUUUGAAAACUAUUUGUCCUUAUAAUGCUAAACAAGCGGUAAAUGCACUCACAUUUGACCAAUCUGGGGCUUAUUUAGCAAUUGGUGGGGCAAAUGUUCAAAUAUUUCAAGUAAAAUCAUGGAAUAAAAUUUAUCAAUUUGAUGGACAUACCCAAGUAGUUACUGGAAUUAAUUUUGGAGAAAAUGCAAAAUUUGUUGCUUCGAGUAGUUUGGAUAAGACUGUUCGUAUUUUUGGGUUAAGUUGA